CUCACACGCCUGAAGCCCACUACAACUUGUGCAUGGACACAACUACCACAAAACCGCGACCUGCCGAAUAUCGCCGUGGAUGGACAUUUUUCCCAUCAACCAAGCUUUGGGCACGAAAUUCCGUCACCACCUACAAUAACGUCAAUCUUUCAAACACCACUCCAUCUCACGGGCGUAUCGGCUUAUUUACGGCUUCCGAACAUAUUGCGGCUUAGUCAAUUGAACAUUGCCACACAAUACCGGUCCCAGUCGGUAUUGAACCUUCCUGCCCCCAUCACCACUGGAGGCUUUCGAGAACGAACACGCACCACUAAGUGCAGUUUGACGGUUUCGGCUUGCCGCAGCCGAGUUGAACGACCCGUGGAUGCUUCAAGGCCACCUCUUCGUGCGUGGACCAAAGGCUCGUUCCGAUCAGCACCUGAAAACCGAAAACUAGGUACCGGCGAACCGCAUCUCCCACCCGCUACGCCAGUCGAACUCCAACUUUGGCUCGGCCUGCCCUGCAUCACCCGAGCCUGGAAGGGUGAAGAGAGUCGCGACAAAUCCACUACUUCCACACGUCACGCGAGGACCAUCUCAUACGACAGCUGCCAAAUUCUCACCGGCUAUUCCAGGGGUGUCGAUCAGUCCCCAUCUAAUUUAGGAGGGCGUCUGUCGUUGUCAAGAUGUCGUCAGAAGGGGACAGGACCGGCAGGGCUGGUAUUGUCGUUGCCCCUGAAGAUGUCGGGAGUCUAGACAAGCUCGCAUACUCCGUUGUGGACGAUUUGCUUUACAAUAUCCUUCACGACCUAGUCCUCAAGGUACACCAAGACGAAAAAACCGCGAAGAUGAGGACGGCGGCCAUCAAAGUCGAAAAGCUCGCUAUGGAGAACUCCGAUCUAUCGACCCCUGAUGCGCGGCCCGAGAUUGUCGUGGAAACCGACGCUGCUCUGUACAAGGACGGACACGUUACGUUGAAGGGCAAUCCGCUAAAGACUACAAAGGAGAUUUUGUGUCCACGGUGUCAACUCCCCCGUCUGCUUCAUCCUACAGAUGGCAAAGGAGCCCAAAAACCAGACCCGAACGUUACUUAUUGCAAAAGGCACCCCUAUAUUGAAAAGCCAGGCUUCGACAUUUAUGGCCAGACCUGGGUUCAGCCUGGCCCCGGCCGAGGAAAGAAAAAGAAGGACAUGGAGAAAAAGAUGGACCCCAACGAUCCUGCAGCCGUGGCAGCCAUGGAGGGAAGUGCCAAGGACCGCCCGCCUAACGUGCUCAGCUUCCCCAGCGCUACUUGCUCCAAGUGCAAGCGUUGUAUCCUGGUGACACGUCUCAAUAAUCACAUGGGCUCUUGCAUUGGCAAUAGUGGGCGAAACGCUAGUAGAGCAGCGGCUCAGAAGAUUAGUAACGGUGGGAGCAACGGUGGAAGUCAGAACAACGACAACACUCCGCCAGCAAGUCAAAAGGGAACGCCCGUACCAACGAGCCGGGCAACUAGUCCGAGGAAGCGAGAUGGUGAUGAAUUUGACGAGGAUGGAGAUGAAGCUGAUCCUAUCAGUGCUAAGAAGAAGAAGCUCAAGCCGACCGCUCUACCCAAGAAGGUCAUUUUGAAGACCAAGUCGACGCCGCCCCUUAAGAAGGACAAGAUAAAGACCAGUUCGAUGCUGAGCGUUGAGCAGAGCGUGGAUGACGAUGACGUAAAGAACUCCACCGUUCAGGUGGUUCCCAAGAAGACGACACCGGCAAAAGGUGCAUCUCCUGUUAAGAAGCUGAAGAUCGGACUAGGCACAAAGCCGCAGUUGAAUGCCCCGGGGAAGAAACUAGGGAAGAAAGAAAAGGAUCACGAGACAGAAUCCACGGGAAGAAUGUCUUCGCCGCCUCAUUAGAUCUGGGAGGUGUCUGACUCUAACUGACUCUAACACUGACUAACGAUGGACUGUUUUUCGUAACCACGGGAGGAAACAAAAAAAAAAAAAACUCUGUUUUGGGCAUUACCUAUACACGCACUUAUACAUUAUACCCCAUUCUUGUCCCAAAAAUAGACAUUGCUCAAGGAUUGGAAAUCGGACAGAGCCCUCAGAGGAUAAUCGAGAUGUCGCAUACCGACCCAAUCAAUAUAUGUCAAAUAAGUAGCUUUCUGCCGUGAUAGGGCAACGCACGUUGGCCAGACCAGGAUGAAAUCAGAGUUACCUGGUCACACAUUUUUCUUGUCUUUUACAGCUGUAUGAUGCAUAUAGAUUGCCUGAGAAGAUGAGGUUGACCGUGGGGCUUUUGGUAUAUCCCAACUACUGUAAAUGAGCGCAACAACGUGGCAGCUCAUUUUGCCCAAAAAGUAGUUCAUUGAG